AUGCUGUUUUUUUCAGGCUUUUGUGGAUCCACUGAACCCUCUCAUCCCUCUGAUCGGUUCUGAUCUUACAUCGUUUUAUCACCUCGUUCAUCUCGAUUAUUUCUUUUCUUUCAUGCUCGUAAAUGUUUAAUUCUGAACUUUUUCAUGUGAUCUUUGCCGUUUUACAUGUCAUGUUAUGUAAUGUCCCCCCGGAUGUGAAGUUACGCUCAACACAGUGAGUUUGGCGCACGCGGCUCCUCUCGGCUCCGCGCGCGCGCGGACAGCCCUCCCCGCUGCUGCAUCCGUUCCUCCGUUCUCCGCCGGAGAGCAGCGCCAUGGCCCCCGUGCUGGCUGUAGGGAUGCCGGAGCGGCUCGCAGGACAGACGCUGACCCGGCGGAGGAGGCGGAAGGAGAUCCUCGCCGUCCGCGUGUGCUUCGCGGGGGUCGUGCUGGGGCUGGCCGCGGGGCUUCGCUCGGUGUCUCGCGGAGCAGGAAACCAUGCUUCCAGCUCGUUGGCUGUGGAGGAAUCCCAGUGGGAGAGCCGACAUCUUCUACAGGACGACGUCAAGUCCGAGCUUUUCUCCGAGCCAGAGAAAAACUGCACUGAACCAGCGAUCCACGAGUUUCCCAGAGAUGUCUUCACAAACCAGGAGCGUGCAGAAGGAGCCGUGGGCCUGCACGUCCUCUGUACAGUUUACAUGUUCUACGCGCUGGCUUUGGUCUGCGAUGACUACUUUGUGCCCUCACUAGAAAAGAUUUGUGAGCAUCUUCACCUGAGUGAGGAUGUAGCAGGAGCCACCUUCAUGGCCGCCGGCAGUUCAGCGCCUGAGCUCUUCACCUCCAUCAUCGGCGUGUUCAUCACCAAAGGCGACGUGGGCGUCGGCACCAUUGUAGGCUCUGCUGUCUUCAACAUUCUCUGCAUCAUCGGAGUGUGCGGCUUGUUUACCCUGCAGACCAUCCGUCUGUCCUGCUGGCCUCUGCUCAGGGACUCCAUUUACUACACCCUCUCCAUCUCGGCCCUCAUUGUGUUCAUCUAUGACGAGAAGGUGGUUUGGUGGGAGGCUCUCAUUCUGAUUCUGAUGUACUUCGUCUACAUUUUGAUCAUGAAGAUGAAUUCUCGAAUCGUUCGUUUUCUGGAGAGUCAGAAGAAAAGCCCGUCCGGUUUAAAGAAUGGAGCCGCCGGAAACGCUGACCUGGACGAUGGCUGCGACGCCACGGCAGUGCUGCUGAAGAAACCAGCAAACCACCAAAGGAAGGCGUCUGUUCUGAUGGUGGACGAGCUGCUGUCAGUGUUCCCACACCAGCUGUCCUUCUCGGAGGCAGGAAUGAGGAUCAUGAUCACCAGUCAUUUCUCCCCAAGAACCCGCCUCACCAUGGCCUCAAGGAUGAUCAUCACUGAGAGACAGCGGCUGAUCAACACCCAGACUCUGACCAAUGGAGACUCGGACGUCCCCCCUAAAGGCCGGCGGGGCACGAAGACCGGGCGCUCUGCAGCUGAGAGGCGCCUCAGCAUCCGACACAGCGACCAGGAGGCCGGGGUCCAAAUGGAGGACGAGAAGAACGGGAACGAUGAAGAGGAGGAGGAGGACGGAGAGGGACCCUUUGUACCUUUUCACUGCCCAGGAGGUCUGCUGAACAAACUGAAGUGGCUGAUGGCCUGGCCCCUCAGCCUGCUGUUCUACCUGACCAUCCCGAACUGCUCGUCCCCCCGCUGGGAGAAGUGCUUCAUGCUGUCCUUCGUGAGCUCCACCCUCUGGAUUGCAGGCCUCUCCUACAUCAUGGUCUGGAUGGUAACGGUCAUCGGUUUCACUCUGGGCAUUCCUGAUGUGAUCAUGGGCAUCACCUUCCUGGCAGCUGGCACCAGCGUUCCUGACUGCAUGGCCAGCCUGAUUGUAGCACGGCAAGGGAUGGGGGACAUGGCGGUCUCCAACUCCAUUGGCAGUAAUGUGUUUGACAUCCUGGUGGGGCUCGGUCUCCCCUGGGCCCUAAAGACUUUGGCCAUCAACUAUGGCUCAGACAUCAAACUCAACAGCAAAGGACUCAUCUUCUCCGUGGGGCUUCUGCUGGGCUCUGUGUUUCUGACCGUCCUGGGGGUCCACCUGAACAAGUGGACUCUGGACAAACGCCUGGGCAUCUCAUGUCUCCUGCUUUACUUGGUCUUCUUGUGUUUCUCCUGCCUCAUCGAGUACAACAUCUUCACCUUUGUCAACUUGCCGACCUGCCAGGACAACUGAGACACAGCACUUGUACACACACACCAACGCACAGACACUCCCCUCGUGAAGUCCCCCCCCCACGUUUAAAAAGGCAGCGUCUCCGAAGCGUCCCUCACAGAUGUUUUGGUGGACGCAGUGAAGAACAUCCAGCUGGUGAUGCUGAUUGUGAGGCUGUCCUUGUGAUAUGAAGCAUCUGAGCGGCGUGUCGGACCAAGGUCUGAAGCAUGGUGGAGCUACAGCAGCUCCACUUUUCCUCCGAGCUGCAGGACCUCCUGGCCCUCUUAGAUGAAGACUUUUUGGGAGUGCAGGGUUCACAGCCUUGAAGGUUUUGAUGUUUCUCACCCGGAGUCCCAGUUCUUCUGCAUGUUUGUUGUUCUUCAUGGGGUGUUGCUGGACCUCAGGCACUCCUGAUUAGUGGAUUAGCUAUAACAAACUAGAGACUGAGAACCGUUGACAAGGGCGGCCAUCCAUGUUUUUUUGUUUUCUCGUGUAAAUAUUGACGUUUACAAAGAGCAGGUUUGGAUUCCUGAUGUGCAAUAAGCUUCGUUGUGAAUUUCGAGGGACAAUCUGCUGUAAAGAAACUGAUUUGAAAAACACUGGAAGGGUGGGCGGAGUCCUCCAUUCGGAGUGUGCACGAGCACACCAGCAAGCACACUGAUGAUAUCUGGCCAGAAUCUGCUUCCAGACUUUCACUUUUUACAGCAAAAAAAAAACAAAAAAAAAACAUGCAAACCUUUUGUACAAACAUUUCAACAAAACUACUCAACAUUUUGAGUCGUGUGCGUUAGACCGGGAUCCGUCCAUCCAGUGUUUAUGUUCUUUGGUUAACAGUAACUUUUUAACCCUUAACAGGAUAAUUCCAGUAGAUUCUGAAGGAGAAAAGCGAGCCGCUUUUCUCCUUCAGAAUCUACUGGAAUUAUUGUGUUGACGGUUAGAAAGUUGCAGUAUGUUAAAGAUUUUGUGUUAAAGCGUCACCAGCGACGCCUCAGGUGUUAAAGGGUUACAUCACUGUGAAAAGAACAGAGAAGCUCUGAAACACACUCAUGUUUACGCUUGAGUUUUAUACACAAACUAUUUAUUAUUUAAGGAAACAUAUUUUCAAUAAUUAUAAGCAGGGAACUUUUGUAUUUUUUCUUUUAUUUUCCAGUUAUUUAAACUGAUUUAAAGAGGUUGAUAUGACUUGUUUUUAAUGUUUUUUUUGUCUUUAUCAUAUUACAAAAGUGUUAGUUUCCAAUGAAUCCAGCUGUGUUCCAAAGGUUGCAUCAGUUGAGGUGAUGUCCAUAGGAACAUGUAGAGUGCAAUAACCACCAUGAUGUUGUUUCUGGGCUCAAACAGCCACAUUUUACAGGUGUCAGUGAAGGCAUCAGAGAAUUUACAAUAAACGCUGUGAUGUCAUGACUUUAUAAAGACAGAGAGCUGACCGUUUCCUGUUCUAAUAAAUGUUUGUGAGUGUUUUCACACCUGAA